CUCGUUUUAAGAAAAAAAUAUGCUUUCCGUAGGUAGAAGGGAAAAAGUUUGUCUAAAGCUUUAUUUCUUCCCAAAAUAGAGCUUAGAAUCCUAAAUUGGACCGUAUUUUUUGCUAAGAGCAUGGAUCAGACAAGUUAAGCAAGCUAUGUGAAACGGAUCUGCCUGAAGAGUUUAUCUGGGCAAUUAUCUUCAGUCGGAGAAGGCCACAAAGGAGGCCAUCGUAAGACUCCAGUCACCCAGGAGAAGAUCCACCUCACAGAGAGUUUUUGUUCAGCUUCUACUAAGGUAUGGAUCCUACAUCAAUUAAAGAAGAGCUAAGCUGCCAUAAAGAAUCAGAGGGAGAACAAGCAACUGAAGACAGGGAGAAUUCUGACGAGGCAUCCAACUUGACAACACCUUUAUCCGCCCCAAACGGUAAGCAAAACAACGCCGCAAAAAGGCCGACUCAGUUGAACAGAUGUGAUUCUGUUGGAACAGAGAGCGAGUCUUCAUCCCGAACAAAUUCUCCGCAAAUGGAAAGACCUAGUUACAAACAGUCAAGAAAAGUUUCAAGUCAAUCUGAUCAGAAAACACCAAAUGGAUCAGAGUUUGAAGAGGAUGAGAAUGAAGAUCUAGAGGAAGGGAGAAAAAUCACAGUUGGUGUUUGUGCAAUGAAUAAAAAGACAUAUUCAAGACCAAUGAAACAGAUUCUUACAAGACUCAGAAAAAGUAACUUGCUUCAUUUUGAAGUAUUUCAAGAUGAGAUGAUAUUAAACGAGGAUGUUGAAAACUGGCCAAUUGUUGACUGCUUAAUUUCAUUCUACUCCACUGGAUUUCCUUUGCACAAAGCAAUAAAAUAUACUGAACUUCGAAAGCCAUUUCUUUUAAAUGACCUGGAGACCCAGUAUUUGCUUAUGGAUAGACGCAAAGUUUACGAGAUGCUCGUGGAUGCGGGUAUUCAAGUGCCUCGAUAUGCUGUUUUUAAUCGGGAUGAAAACAACAAACCAGCUGACAGCGAGAAUGACCUCAUUGAAUGUGAUGAUACUAUCGAAAUAAAUGGACAGAUAUUUACAAAGCCCUUCGUUGAAAAGCCAGUCAGUGCUGAAGAUCACAACAUUUAUAUCUACUACCCCCUGUCUGCAGGUGGUGGUUGUCAAAUAUUAUUCAGGAAAAUAGGGAGUAGAAGUAGUGUUUAUUCCUCUGAAAGCCGGGUGCGAAGGACUGGAUCUUACAUUUAUGAAGAAUACAUGGCUACUUCUGGAACUGAUGUAAAGGUGUACACAGUUGGAGAGGAAUACGCUCACUCAGAGGCAAGAAAGUCGCCGGCUCUUGAUGGGAAAGUGGAACGAGAUGCACAAGGAAAAGAAAUUAGGUACCCUGUUAUUCUCAGUGCAAGCGAGAAGUUAAUUGCUAAGCAAGUCUGUUCUAUUUUCAAGCAAACUGUGUGCGGAUUCGAUCUUCUCCGCUCAAAUGGCAAAUCGUAUGUGUGUGACGUCAAUGGUUUCAGCUUUGUUAAGACCUCCCAAAAAUACUACGACGACUGCUCUCAGAUAUUGGCGGACAUCAUAUUUCAGAACCUAGCCCCACAGCUAUGGAUACCUAAUCCACUUAUCUACCAGUUGUCUUCAUACGAGGAAGAGCCUGUUAUGACCACCGAAGGAACAAUGCUGGAAUUACGAUGCGUUGUAGCAAUCAUUCGGCAUGGGGAUAGAACACCUAAGCAGAAAAUGAAAAUGAUUGUUCAUCAUAAACUAUGGUUUGAUCUUUUCUACAAAUUCGGUGGACCGGAAGAGGGAAAGCUGAAGCUAAAAGCACCAAAGGAUCUGCAGGAAGUGCUCGAUAUAACACGCAACCUAUUGCGUGAAUCACAAGAAGGUGGAGAAAUACGCGAGAAUCCCGCAAAGUUAAUGCAGAUGAAGAGCGUCCUUGAGAUGUAUGGUCAUUUUUCUGGUAUCAAUAGAAAACUGCAAUUGAAGUCAUUGAAUGAUAAGCGAAAUAUCGACAUGAAAAAGAAAUUCAAAGGAAGGAACAAAGACUCUGACCCCCUGCAUGAUGAUUCCAACAACCCCACAUUGUUACUCAUACUCAAGUGGGGUGGAGAACUGACUCCAAUGGGAAAGAAGCAGGCAGAGGAGCUUGGACGGGCCUUUAGAUGCAUGUAUCCAGGGGGACAAGCCUAUGGCCUCUACAGUAAUCGCUACGGCGAGUAUGGGCUGAUACCUGGUUGUGGGUUUUUGCGCCUCCACAGCACAUAUAGGCAUGAUCUGAAAAUAUAUGCUUCUGAUGAAGGAAGAGUGCAAAUGACAGCAGCUGCUUUUGCUAAAGGCUUGCUACAGCUUGAAGGUGAACUGCCUCCAAUUCUCGCUUCGCUGGUGAAAAAUGAUAAAUAUGUCAAUGGAAUGCUGGACACUACUGCAGAUGUAUCUUUAAAGAUGCUACAUGUAAAAUCAGAGCUGCAUCAUAUUAUGCAUAUCGAAGACGACUUUACAGAAGAACAGAGACAGCAACUGGCACCAACCAAUGCAAAUUCGCUACUACGUGCUUUGAAUGGUAUCAAAAAUCCACAUUUGAUGUGUGAAAAGGUUUAUGACGGGGUGAAAUCAUUGACUGCCCAGAUCAGUGCGUUGUGUGAAAAGCCAGAUGUUGAUCCAAACGCUCCGAUCUUAUAUCACGAUGAAAGCAUUAGGCUUAUGGAGCAUCGCUGGCAGAAGCUCGAGAAGGAUUUCAAAAUGGGCGAUGGGAAAUAUGAUAUCAGCCUCAUACCAGAUAUCUAUGACUGUGUGAAAUAUGAUUACUUGCAUAACAGGUCAUUAGGUCUGAAGAACAUCCCUGAAUUGUUCGAGAUGUCAAAGUCUCUAGCAGACAUCGUUAUUCCUCAGGAGUAUGGCAUAACUAAGAAAGAGAAAUUAGACAUUUCAAAACAAGUUUGCAAUCGGUUGCUGAAGAAAAUAAGAGCAGAUUUGAAACACACGGUGGAUAAUGAAAAUGAAACAGUGCACAGAUUGGAUCCUAGAUAUUCAAAAGAUGUUGUCACUCCUCAUCGACACGUGAGAACGAGGUUGUACUUCACCAGUGAGAGUCACGUGCACUGUAUGCUAGCUGGCCUUCGUUAUGGCGAAGUUUGUGAUGAAAUCAAUGACGAGCAAUGGAAAAGAGCAUGUGACUACAUCGGUGAGGUCUCAGAGCUGAGUUAUCUCACGCAAAUAGUUUUGAUGCAGUAUGAAGAUCCGAUGGCAGAUCCACAUUCAGACAACAGAUUUCACGUGGAGCUCUAUUUCAGCCCUGGCCUAAAGACUCCUGAUCAGAUCAUAAAAAUUGGCAAAAGGAAGGCAGACACAAGGAGUGGGAGAAAUCAAUCGAAUUCAAAGACCGAAGAGGAUUAUGAUAAAAGAAGGGCCAAAGAAAAAUCUUCACACACAAGAACUAGGCGAUCUUCAGACGGAGACAACGACACCCAGUCAAUUGUGUCUGCAGUAGAGCAUCGCAUGCCAGUCACUGUUUUGCAAUACAACAAGGCAAUUACUAAAGGCCUAAGAUCUUCUCCGCCCCCUAUGAAGUUUCAAGGUCCUGCGAUGCCUCCUCCCUAUGUGCCAAAGUAUUCACUCAGAUCAAUCAAAUCAAUCGGCGGUAGUAGACAAUCCUCGUCUCAAGAAAAUCUCAGAACUUGCAGUGCACCGCUUACUUCCACGUCUCAAAGCUCAAUUUUUUCAACGCCUUCAUCCUUGCGAGCUAAAAAGAAUAUUGACCCAUUAAUGACGAGGAGUGUUGAACAGCAAAAUCCUGAUUUCGUCCCAGUAUUACCCCGGAGGAGAAAAAUGUCUGAGCCAAUCUUAACUCAGCCCUUCCGAAGCCAUGGUCUUCUUGACAUUGUAGAGACUGUACCUUCGCUUCACCCAUUGAUCAGUCUCCACAGUUCCAUAAGCAUGAAAAACAUGGAUUCCUACUUAGCACAAAUGACAUCGGAUUUAGAUGACGAUGAAAUAUUGAACAGUUCAGACUUGACCACAUCUCUCGAUCGAUCAAGGCUCAGUCAUCAAGAAUCGAUUCCUUAUUAGACGAGUGAAUUCUGUCGUGCAUGCUAGUUUUGCUUAAAAAUUAAGUAUUAUCGAUAAAAGAUUAAAUCUUCCCAUGUGAUCAAUAUAUAAUACUAUUAGCCCUUUCUCAUAUGUAAAUUUAGUUUGUUAUGUUGCAACCUCGUCCUGUGAAGAACGAGACAAGAAAAUAGUGUUAUCACUUACUAGAAACAGCUGACAUGCUUGUAUACUGUUAAACACACCUUCGUAGUUCCAUUUUUGAUCGGUGAGUUAGUCUCAAAUCAACAUUAAAACCAACGAAGACUAUCAAGCUUAACUUUAUAUCUGCCUUUGGUAUUGUUAGUUAAUUGUAUCUACUUUUCUUUCAAUCUGUUGGAAGGUAAUAACCUCUUGAUCUUGAUAACGGAACCUCCAAGGGAAGGAAGAAAAUGGUCCGAGAAGACGAAAUUUCGAGUAGUCGGGGGUUCGAAUGUAUUCGGAUAUGUUCAAGGGGAAUGCAGAAACAGUUCGAGUUUACGAAACGUACAGCUAUCGACGAUUCGAGUUAUCUGAAUCAAACACACUAUGUAGAUAUAUGAAUCUAUUGAAUCGAGAAUUACAAACGACUGACCCCUCUGUUUUUCGCCUGAGUAGAGAACGGCGUAGAAUUGUUAUAAAAUCUCGCAGAAGAUGGCAAUUCAACCAACAUAGUAUUCCGUACUAGCAAAGUCAAGUAUUAGAAAGAAUCGUAUUUUAAAUCCUUGUUUUGAAUGAUAUGUGGGGUUGUGUAAAUAUAUAAUUAUAUCGAAACGAAUAUUUUAUUGGCAAAUAGCAAGUCUUCAUCAUUGUAUCGUCAUUGCCUAUUUGUAGAAAAUAAAUGGAAUACAUGUAAUGAGAUAAUUCAGAGUCAGAUCUAGACAUGUUUGUGUUGCGUGCAUUGUGACUCAUAAUUACAAACGCCGUGUUUUACUGUCCCUAUACUGCUUCCUCCAGGCUUGAUCUCGAUUUUGCGACUCAACAGAGCCGUCGCUAUCAGUG